AUGCACGUGCGCACGCGUCUUGCAACCCUUCUGGCCUGUGCUGCCACCGUCUUCGCCCAGAAAUGCUUCUUCCCCAACGGCGGUGAAGUCACGUCCGACACGGCUUGCAAUCCAAACGCCUUGGUGUCCGCAUGCUGCUACGACAACCAGGCCUGUCUGUCCAACGGCCUGUGUGUGUCUGACCCCCACGAUCCUGUCAAGGCGCGUCUUCACCGAGGAACCUGUACAGAUGCAGACUGGAAGUCGGGGAACUGUCCCCGCCACUGCUUAGACGUCGACAACAACGGUGUGCCAGUCUACAGCUGCAACUCCACCGCCACGGACUCGUACUGCUGCUACGAUGGCUGCGACUGCAAGACCAACUCAGGAUUCGACGUCUUUACCUUUGCGCAAUCACCCGCAGACGUAUACACGUUGACCAUCAUCGGCGAAUCCUACACCCAAACCCACACGUCCGCCGCUUCUUCGACUUCCUCCAUCGCAACGCCCAGCGCAUCAGCAUCCGGAACUUCAUCUGGAGCACUGUUCUCUGCAGCACCGUCAGCCUCCCAUGCGAGCGCUUCGGCGACUUCUGCACCCACCGCCGCUGCCGAACCAGCAGACAAGACAAACACCACGGCUCUGGGUGUCGGCCUAGGCGUCGGCAUCCCCCUCGCUGCGCUCCUCGCUGCAGCCGUCUUCUUCCUGCUGCGGCGGCGCAAGAACCGCGAUGCCUACCAGCCACCGUCUGAGAUGGCUGCAGACGAGUACGCUCUGGACUCAAGGUCGCCGUCAACAAAGUAUGCGUACAUGGCUGAGGCCGAAGUCGAAGCUGGGAGGGAUGCGCCCGUCGCUCAAGAGUUGAGUGGAGAGCGGAACGAGAAGCUCAUUGAGCUGCCGGCAAGUACACCGAGCACAGCAGCCGGGCUACAGGCAGUGGAGCUGGAAUCACCUCUAAGCUCACCCACCGAAACGACGAACCGUGCUACUCCCGCCACGAAAGACGUCCACACAUGA